GCGGAGUAGCGUCUCGGGAACACAAUGCAUCCGUCGCUUCCCGCAAAAGUUGUCCUAAUCUAAACGUAGAUCAUCGCGAUUGUCGGAAGAUUCAGCGGCGAUUAAACGUAUUCAUAGCGUUUACGUUUUGACGUUGUGCGGCCGUCAGAAGCAACAGGGCCGCGAUUGGAGGGCGGCCGGGCGCAUGCGCGGUGGGCCCGCGCGCGACGGGGCGCGGGGGGUGGUCGCCCAUCGCAGCCUCCACGCUCGUUCUUAAUGAAUCGCCGGUACCCGCGGCUACCGCUGCGCUCGCUCCAUCCGAGUGCUCCCUUUAAAAAGUUGUUAAGGAGCUUUUCUCGCCGUCUCCCUCGCGCCCUCUCGUGUUGCAACAAAAUAAUAUCCGCGGGUGGUGGCUUCCGACGCUGCAGCCGUCACGAGAUUUACCGAGCGUGGCUGAAAUGUAACCACAAUAACAUUGUAAUUUUACGAGACAAUAAAUAACUGUUUAAAUAUACUCAACGUAGAAUAAUGCGCUUAAUACAUGUAAUAUAUUUGAAAUUUUGAGAGAAUAUUGCUUUGGAACGAAGGUUGUUAUGACAAUAACGCGAUGUGAAGCACGACCAAAGAGUUUAUUGAUAUCAAAUGAGCUUUGGCGCCAUGACAGCGGAAUCAUCACGGCGGUCAAGAUCAGUUUCCAUGGAAACCGGCGGCCUGCCACUGGUUUCGACGUUUGCGCUCCUCACUAUUGUUGCAGGCCAGCUGCAAGGGUCGGGCUACACUGAACAGGAGCCUGAAUUUCUGUCGCCGCUGGAAAACCUGACGGUGGCUCAAGGCAGGGAUGUGCACUUCACGUGUACCGUCAACCAUCUCGGAACUUAUAAGGUGGCCUGGAUAAAGUCAGACACGAAGACAAUACUGGCCAUUCACACUCACAUGGUGACAUUAAAUCCUCGGCUGUCAGUGACGCACAAUGGUCACAACACUUGGAAGCUUUACAUCAGCAAUGUGGAACCGAAGGACUCUGGCACCUACAUGUGUCAGAUCAACACGGACCCCAUGAUGAGUCAGAUGGGUCACCUCUCAGUGGUGAUACCACCAGACAUCGCUGAUGAAGAUGGUUCCGAAGCCAGUUCUCCUGAAGGUGGGUCGGUGGAACUGCGCUGCACAGCCGCUGGAGUACCAGCUCCUAUCAUAUCGUGGAAGCGGACUGGAGGCCGGAACAUUGUGUUUCGAGAUGAUGAUGGGAAAGAGAUUAAAGUGGUCGAGAGCUACGUGGGUUCAAUCCUGGCUCUGAAAGGGCUGCAGCGAUCUGACAUGGGCACGUACUUGUGCAUCGCAGCCAACGGUAUUCCGCCGACUAAGAGUCGUCGGUACGAAGUCUCUGUACUCUUCGAGCCGAUCGUGCGAGUGGCGAGUCCAGUGGUACUCCGGGCGGCUGACAUGCAAGUCACUCUCCAGUGCUACGUCGAGGCCUCGCCUAAAUCACUCAACACCUGGCAACGGGGAAAAUCACAAGCUGGUGGCAAGCUGCUAAACAGUUCAAAGUACGUGAUAUCAGAAGAGAUACUGAACGAGUAUGCGUUACGAAUGAACCUCACUAUUAAUCGCUUGAAGAAGAGUGAUUUCGGCGAAUAUACCUGCACAGCGGCCAACGGCUACGGCAAAGCUGAAGGCAUUAUCACUUUAAAAGAGACUCCUCAAAGGACAACAACGACAACUACGACAACAACAACAACAACCACAACAACACCGCGCCCAACAACAACAACAGUUGCAACAACACGCCCUCCGAAGCGUCACCUCAAGAAACAACACGACCGCGGCAAUCAGAACUCACUCGACCCCGACAUGCGGCAACCAGAAGUCAACAACGCUUUCAAUUUCUACAACAACGCGUUCCCGCCGCCCAACAACUCCAUCAACGAAUACGCUCAAAGAACCGAACGGCAGAAACUACGCCCCACCGGCUCACCACCACGAUACAUCGUAUACAAUCACGCCAACAAAAUUGGCACUAAAACUGUCUUCUCCAUGUUCAUAUUGCUACUAAACUUCGUUGUAUAGAAAGAAAUUAGAUUUCUGAAUAAUUUAAUAGCAUUAACAAGUAGUGAUAAAAACAUGGCUGUUGAAUUUUAUAUGUGUAAGUACGUAUUUUGAGGUUGUUGUAAACGUUUUAGUGGAUCUCGAUGUUAAUAUUGUUAUGUAAAAACAUUAUCGACAGUUAAUAAUAAAUAAUGAGUUUCAGCCUUAAAAUGUAAAUUGAGACAAUAAAUACGAUAAAGGGUAAGCUCGACUGUCUAAGCCUGUAUAAGUAUUUUUGAUUGAUACAAGUGAUUAAAAAAUUAGAAGUUGAUGCACACGUCACCAGAUUUCCACAAUACGCUGGAAAAUGAUGUAGCAAGCGUAUUUAUUAAUCACAUGCAUCCAUCAAAUAAUAAACAGGUAUUUUUCUGGAAAUGCUGUUGAUGAUAAAUAAUUACGUAAUAACAACUAAAUAUUUUUGAAAUAAUAUCAUUAUUAUCAUAUCAGACGGCUAUUUAAUAAAAUUGGAGGAAUUUGAUAGACUUGAAGCGAUGGAACUUGUCUAACGAGGUUUAAGAAACUCUGUUUAGCUAACGUUUUUAUUAUUAUCUUAUUAUUAUUCUAUACAACUCUUAUUAUACAAUCUCAUAUAAUAAUGGCAUAAUAAUUUAGAAUAAUAACUUGUAUUUAUAAAAGAAAAAUAUGAUAAAUAUAUAAUUAGUGCGUAUAAAAUUUGUAUAUGACAAUAUGAUAUAAAGACAAUACAUAGUUAGUAGUAAUAAGUUAGAAUGACAAUAAAAAUGAUAGUUGUUUUUAUUUCAUUUGCAUAGUUGUAGUUACAUAAGUAUACAAGUUGUAAGGUUUUUUUUUUCUAUUAUUAAAAAUAAAAUACUAUUUCUUUUUAAGAGGGUAUUUUGUAUAUAAAUUGUACAAGUGCCCAAAACAACGAAAUGAAUGACCAAAAUUUAUAUAAUUUUGAAUUGUUGUUAAAUUGUGUUUUGUCUGUCCUGUUUAUAUUUUGUUUAAGAAAACAUAACUUCAUUUAUUUAAUUAAACAUAUUUUGUAAUACAGUAGAAUAAAUAAGACGCUUUAAAAACUGUUUUUAUUUAUGUUACUGCUAAUAUCAGUACAAUAAAAAUAAUAUAACAUUUAGACUUAUUUAAUUUCUAGCUUAAAAUAAUGACGUAAGAAUAAAAAUUAGUUAUUUUGUAAACAAAAAUGUGUUAGACGAUAAAAUUUGAUAAUCGAUAAUAAUAAAUUUAUGUCUUCCGGAUAGUAUAUUAAAGUAAUGUAUUCGGCUCAUUCGUGUUUAUGAGUUAAAUAUCUAAAAUAUUAGACGAAGUUCCUUUUGGACUUCAGAAUAACGUAGUCUUAUGUAAGUGAAAAGAAAGAAUUUAUUGUAGGCAUAGUGUUACGAUGAAUAUAAAAAAAAUACAUGAAUUUUGAUAAGAAUCGAUUCUACUGUAAAAAUUAAUGAAUGCGUAUUUAGUUAUAAUUAUUAUAGAAUUGAAUAUCCCACUCUACAUAAGAACUCUGUUUAUUUACUGGUACCAUUAUGAACUUAUCAUUAAAAACCUUCUUGUUUUAUUACUUUAUUAUUGAAAAUGGUAUUUGUCAAAUAGCGUAAAUACGUUUAUUUAGAAACAAGUCUACGUUUUAAUAUUUUUUCAACAAUAAAUGCCCGUUAUAGAUUGUAGUACAUAUAAUGUUUACAGUUAACCUACAUAACUGCAUGUUUAACAUUGAACUAAAAUAUCAAUUCAAUCUUAUAACCUUAUAAAUCUACUGUUGAUAAAAUAAAUUCCAACAUUACUAUCAGUUUUUGUAAUGUAAAUAUAUAUUUAUUUUAUUGUAAUUGUAUUUUAAACUAUAAACUUGACUAAUUGAAAAAUAAUUUUCAAAUAAUUAAUGACAAUAAAUACGACAAUGAUUGUAAAUAAUUGAAUUCGCGUUAAACCAGUUUAUUAGUACGAAAUGCGACUAUUUAUCAA